AUGAUAAUUGACAACAAUCCAAUGCGAAUCGAAAAUUUACCUGAUGAACUAUUUCUAUAUAUAUUUUCUUUUAUCGAACCUAAAGAUCUUCUUGAAGGAUGGUAUAAUUUGAAUUAUCAUAUUAAUAUGAUUUUACGUUCAGUCGACAUUCGUAUCAGCAUCAAAAAUAAUGAUAAAUUCAAUGACUCUCUUCCUUAUUUUAAGCAUUUUUGUUCGCAAAUUACACAUCUAAAAGAUGAACGUUUCUUUCCGAAUACUCAAAUUGAUCUACGUUCAUUAAUUAAUAUUCGAUUUCUCUACUUAACUCAUUGCUCAAAAGAACAAUACCAACAUAUUAAUCCCGAUAAUCAAUCUUAUUUGACUCAUUUUUUUUCUUCAUCUUUACCAUGGUCAUUUUAUCAACGAAUUCUCUUUGAACAAGCACGUUUUCCUUAUCUUAUAUCAGUUGGUUGUCCAAGAGGUGCUUCCAUUUAUUUACUGAACGCUACACAUUCUAUAAACAGAACAAUUCGUCAUCUUCAUUUACAUUCGGCAUCAGAUGAAAUCAUCUAUAAAUUUGUUCAAUAUCUUCCUUCUAUUAUUUCAUUAACCAUUGAUUAUUUAUAUACAAAUAGUUCAUCUUCUCCUCUAUUAUCCACACAUUCUCGUAUUCGUCGUCUAAAUAUUGUCAAUGCUUUAUUAUCUCAAUUCCAUUUGGAGCAGCUUCUUUUAUCUGUCGGAUUUCCUGAUCUUACCUAUCUUUGUAUAACAUUCGAUACUUGCGAUUUUCAACAGUUAGCUUAUACUCUUACAAUAUUCUCGUGCCUUAAACACUUUAAUCUUACAGUUAAUACGUAUCCCUCUGAUUUCAACUUGAUCGUAACUCGUCUUAUGAGUCCUUGGUUUCUAUCGCUCAACUACGAACACAUCAUCGAUAGAUAUAAUCAAAAACAGACUGUUCUAAUCAACAUUAUUCGAACAUAA